CUGGUGGCACUGACUGGCAGCACUGCUGGGCUGCACUGGUGGGUGGCACUGGUGGGCAGCACUGGUGAGUGGGCACAGGUAGGUGGCACUGGUUGCACAGGUGGGUGGCACUGGUGGGCACAGGUGGGUUGGCACAGGUGGGUGGCACUGCUGGGCACAGGUAGAGUGGCACAGGUGGGUGCACUGCUGGGCACAGGUGGGCACAGGUGGGUGAUCUGCUGGGCACAGGUGGGCGGAACUUGUGGGUGGCACUGCUGG